AUGUAUUGCUUUCCUUGGCGGUUAUCUGACCUAUUGAAGCAUUCCGAUGAUACUAAACUUAUUCCACGGGAAUAUUUGUAUGGUAAUGCUAAUAAAUUAUUACCAAAGAUAUCACAUGAUGGUGAAUAUCUCGCAUUUAUUGCCCAAAGUAAAGAUAUUAUGAACAUAUUUGUAAGUCAUGAUCUAUAUGAUUUAAGUCACGCCAAGCCUAUCACCUUUGAUAAAAAUCGUGGAAUUAGAGAAUUCUGGUGGACAUAUGAUAAUAGAAUUUUAUACUCUAAUGAUAAGAAUGGAGAUGAAGGUGAAUAUAAUAGUUAUUUUAACAUAUGCUUAGAUGAAAUUAUUGACGAAAUAAUUAUAUUAAUUGUAUAUUUUUUUAAAAAAUACUCAAUAUCUGAUAUAGACUAUAAAAUUUAUUCUGUUAACAUUGACACAAAUGACGUAACAUGCUUAACUCCAUUUGACAACGUUCAGUCAAAACUUAUUCGACUAUCACCAAAAUUUCCUAAUGAUAUAAUUAUUAAAAUUAAUAUGCCAGAUCCUACUACUCACAGCCUUUAUAAAAUCAAUCAAAAAACUCUUGAAAUUACACAAAUUGAAAAGAAUAGUCAAUCCUUUAAUGAUUAUUUUGUUGAUGAUUCAUUAAGAGUUCGAUGUGCUAGUAAGGAUGAUGGAAUAAAUGGAAAAGAAAUUUAUGUUAAAUAUGAAAAUUCCAAUAAAUGGCGAUUAAUUAUUUCUUAUAAUCUUGAUGAUGCUAACUCGUCAAAUGUAAUUUCUCUAGAUAAUGAAGGUACUAUUUAUCUACUCGAUUCACAUGAUGGUGAAUUUAAUUCUUUAUAUAAGUUAGACAUUAAUGAUAAAGAACUUGAGCUAAUUGCCAAGCCAUCAGAUCAGAAAGCUGAUAUUAAUAAGGUUCUGUUUCAUCCUGCAACUAGAAGGCCUCUUGCUUAUUCAGUUACUUAUCUUAGAGAUCAGUGGUAUCACUUAGAUGAGAAAAUUUUACAUGACUUGGUUGUUUUAAGUAAAUUUGAUGACAGUGAAUUCGAUAUACUUUCUCAAUCAUUGGAUAAUUCAAUUUGGACAAUGUCUUAUGAAAGUGGAAAUAAACCUCCAAAAUAUUAUCUUUAUAAUCGAAAUGAUCAAUCUAUCCAUCAUUUAUUUGAUGCUCGACCAGAAUUAGAACAAUACAAAUUAGGUCCAGUUUUUCCUUUAAUAAUUCAAUCCAGGGAUAAGUUAAAUUUAGUUUGCUAUCUCACACUUCCAGCUGAGAAAUAUGAUUCUUCAACAAAAUACAAACCAAAAAAGCCUUUGCCAUUAAUUUUGCAUGUUCACGGUGGUCCUUGGAAUCGGGAUUACUAUUGUUUCAAAGCUGAUUCACAAUUAUUUGCAAAUCGUGGUUAUGCUGUAUUAAAUAUAAAUUAUCGUUCCUCCGUUGGCUUAGGUAAAUCUUUAAUUCGAGUUGGUAUCGGUCAAUGGGGCAAAAAAAUGAAUGAUGACUUGAUUGAUGCAGUAAGAUGGGCUAUUCGUAAUAAUAUUGCCAUCAAAGAAAAGAUUGCAAUUUAUGGUAAAAGUUAUGGUGGGUAUGCCACGUUGGCAGGCCUUGCAUUUACAAAUGUAAAAGAUUUUGAAUUUGCUUGUGGAAUUGAAUUCGCUGGACCUUCGGAUCUAGGAGGUGAUCCUGAUACUGAUAAAGGAAGAGAAUAUUUGGAAUCUUGUAGCCCAUCAAAAUAUGCGGAUAAUAUUAAAAAACCUUUGCUAAUUGCUCAGGGUAAAAAUGAUCCACGUGUUAAAUAUGAAAAACAUAAUGAAAUUCUUGAAUCACUUAAACGCAAUAAGAUAUCUGUUGGAUAUGUUUUAUAUUGUGAUGAAGGCCAUGGAUUUGUCAAGCCUAAAAAUAUGCUUUCAUUCGCUGCUUUUACUGAAAAAUUUUUAUCAACCUAUUUAGGUGGUAGAUGUGAACAGUAUGAUAAGGAUGAAUUUGAAAAUUUGAAUCUUAAAGUCGAAUGUGGAAAGAACUUGUUGGGUUUAUC